AUGCGCAACGAACUGCCACCGUAUAGAUCCGAAAACAGGGUUCAAAUCCAGGACAAACAUGAUGAUGAUAUCUAUGACAUAUUGCCUUCAUUCGAAAUGCACAAUUACUACCUUAACAGGACAUUCAAGGAUGUAGAAUUGGAAACCACAAGACUUUCGGGUAUAUUUCAACCCCCUAGCUAUUGCGAUCAUUCUACUACCACUAGCUCAACUGAGUCUAGUUCGUCUACGUUGUAUUCCACUCCAAGUUUGCUGGAAGUCCGAAGAUCAGGUAUCUUGAAUAACGUCAAUAAGUUGCCCAAAUUAGAAAAAUCUCCUUUAAUUCUACAAAUUCAUGUUACGAAAGAUUUCCCCAAGUUAGGAAAGACUUCAAUUCCAGAAUCAGCUCUAAAGGAGUACACAUCUAACGAUCUUAUCACUGGAUAUAUCACUGUUCGUAAUACCAGCUCUAAACCCGUUGAUUUUCAAAUGUUCACACUGUCCUUGGAAGGAACCUCAAAAAUUAUUCAACUUGAUGGCCCUUCUAGCGGUUUACGCUUUUUCUCCAAGAAUUUCCUUAAAAUGUUUGAUUUAUCUGUUUCCAACAACAAUAUACCGAACCAGGAUCUCAAACCCGGUGCCGUUGACCCUGUAGAUGGUACCUACUAUGGUCUUCCUGAGGGCAACGUUCUACAACCCAAUGUUACUUAUAAGAAGUUUUUCGUCUUUAAGCUGCCAACUCAAUGUCUUAAUGACAAAUGUCAGCAUUUCGGUUGCCACCAGCAACAUUUGAUGCUUCCCCCAACUAUGGGUGUAGACAUUACCAGCUUCGAUAAGAAGGCUCAAAGCAUCAAAAUUAAUUCAAACUUGGGUUAUGGUCGAUUAGUUGGUGAGCUGGGGACCCCCAUUAAGACUAAGGAUUUUACCUCUGAUUAUGAAUCUAUUACUUAUAUGUUGAAGGCCCGAUUUAUCGGCGAAUAUGGCAACGAGCUGGCCCGUUUGUCUGAAAGAGAAUACCACAUCCGUUUUAUUCCAUAUGGUUUCUGUCAACCUUAUAAUACCUCUUUGAGAGAAAUAAACCCAGAGGUGCAGUUGUCUCAACUAUACGAAACUUCUUUCAACCAAUUAGCCGCACUAAGGCAAGAAUCCGACCUCAGAAACAAUUUUGGUGUUGAAGCUUCUACCACUCUGGGUCAGCUAUACCUUCAAGACGAUGAUGAAGAGGCAAAAUUGAAGCAACAGAAUCUAAUAGAAACGGCUUCUUCUUCCGAAAAGCAAGUUUUGCAAGACAAGACGGAAAAGGCUAACCAGCUGGUGAGCUUCCCCAUCUCCAAUCCGAACAAGGAUACUAACUACGAGGUCACAAACCUAUUUCUGUUGAAGCAAAACAAACAUACCAAGCUGCAGAGAGUUUUGAAAGGCUCUAAGCAUAAGGACAGUGCCAGAAACGAGUUUGGAAGCAUCACCAUCAUUGCCAAUGUCCCUACCGAAGGUUUGCCAUAUAUUGCACCCAAGUUGUUGAAAUCUUCUUCCGCCAAGCAAGGUCUUUUGAACCCAAUGAAUAAGGCUAACAUCAACCUGCUAGAGAGCUCUCUAGACGACCUGGAAAAGUCUGAUCUGAGUGUCAUUGAUAUGAACUUGGAGUAUGAACCGACUUCAGAGACCGGUUUACCAAAUAUUGAUAUAGCAAACAUAAUGUUGCAAGCCAUAACAACCAAGACUUCCACAUCUGCUCCCAUAACUUUCGGAAAUUCAUCCAAGCUUUUCAAUGGCUACUUCAAGGACCCUGAAACAAACCAAGAAAUCAACAAGUUUGACUUCUAUGUGCUCAAAUUCAAGAAGUUGCAGAGGCAAAUCCAAAAGAUGAGCGAGACGGAUCUGGCUCUAUUUGAUCGUCAAACUGCUUCGGAUAUUGCCAGUAUCGCCAGUAUGCAAUAUCGUAAGAACUACAUUCCAAACGUGGUUCAGAUACAGUCAAUGAUCAAUGGAAAAUGGACUAAGCAAGCUGAUUCCAACAAAUACAAAAAGAAUAUUAAAAUCCUAAUCAAACUUAACGAUACUAACAAAAAUAACUACACAGUGAUUCCCACUUUCGAAGAUUGUUUGAUAUCGAGGCUAUACAACUUGAAGCUGGAUCUCUCAUUCAAAGAGAACACUGCAUCAAAGGACGGCUUUGAGAUGAGCCGCAGUUUGUAUAUCCCUAUCAGAGUGAGAAAGUUCGACUUCAACGAGUAG